CCGGAGUGCGGGUGAGCUGGAAUUCACUGACGUCAGUGGAGGAGCUCAGAUGAACGCGAGAACAUUGCGGACACGCGCUGCGAGCACACGAGCACAGCAUCUCUGUCCCGUCCCAACGGACAGCUGCGGAAAUUAAAGAACAUUUCACUCGUGUCCGGCCAACACUCUAUCCUGUGUGUCACAAUUCAGAGCAGAGGACGAGGACCAGUGUUAAGACUGAAAGAGGUGAUUUACAAUAUUUCGGAAACGAAAGAAAGGCAGAAAUCGUAGUGUCCUGAAGGGCUCAGACCAGCGCAAGGACUCCGCAUUAUUUUACCGACGGACAUGACAUCACACUAGGGCUCUCCAGGUCACUUUCUUCUCCCUGGGAGAGCUGAAAGCUCCUUCCCCCCUCACACAGAGUCGGUCAUGGCUGCCCUUGGCGCGCGAGAUGGUAGUGCUGGCAUCGGAGGAAUUUACGAGCUCCUGGGCCGGACCCUGGGCCGCGGUCACUUCGCCGUAGUGCACCUGGCACGUCAUAUCCGAACUGGACAGCGGGUGGCGCUCAAGGAGAUAGAUAAGCGUCGAGUGGAAGGGGCAGAGCCUGAGGGUGCGGGACGUCUGCUUCAAGAAGUGAGCUGCAUGAAGCUGUUGCGCCACCCAGGCGUGGUGCGCCUCUACGAGGUCAUCGACACGCCGACCAAGCUGUACCUGGUGCUGGAGCUAGCCGAGGGAGGCGAUCUUUACGACCUCAUCAUGCGUCACGAGAAUGGCGUGGCCGAGGCGAAUGCCAGGCCACUGUUCACCCAGGUGGUGCGCGCCAUCUCGUACUGCCAUCGCAUGCACGUGGUCCACCGUGACCUGAAGCCGGAGAACCUGCUGCUCUUUCCACAGCAGGGGGCGCUAAAGCUCACUGACUUUGGGUUCAGCAAACGCUUCCACCCUGGGACCAAACUCACCACCAGCUGUGGAUCGCUGGCAUAUUCAGCCCCAGAAGUGCUACUGGGAGAGGAGUACCAUGCUCCCGCUGUCGAUAUCUGGUCUUUAGGUGUAAUUCUCUACAUGCUGGUGUGUGGGCAGAGUCCAUUCCAGGAGGCCAAUGACAGCGAGACCCUCACCAGGAUCAUGGACUGCAGCUACACUGUCCCCUCGCACAUCUCCGCUGACUGCAGAGAUCUGAUCUCUCUCAUGCUGCAGAGAGAUGCUUCUAGCCGGGCGACCCUUGAGGAGAUUGAGGGGCACCGCUGGCUGCAGGGCGUUGUUCUGCCUCCUCACAGCGCCAUGGUAACGACCACAGCAGUGGCCCCGCUGAUCCCUCACAGCCUCACGGCUUCAGAACACGAGCUGAUCCUGCAGAGCAUGAGACACAUCGCCAGCACCACGGAUAUCACAGAGGCUCUGGAAGCAGACCGAUAUGACCACGUCACAGCCACCUAUUACCUCCUGGCCGAACGCAUCCUCAGAGAGAGACAUCAGGACACAGAAACACACACACGGAGUGUGUGCGAGCCUCUGACUGUCAUAAUGCCUGAUGACCCUGUGACUCUGCCUACUUCUUCCUGUCACCGCCAUGGCGUAUCUGAGUCCGGCGAUCUCUUGACCCCGAGGGUUCCGUCAUCGCAACAUUGUCACAGUGACAACAGUGAGCUCAGCCAGUAUGGCGCGGGACCACCUGCAGAACUCGCCAUUCGUCCCGCCUCCCCCGAUGCCCCUCAGCCAAUCAAGAACGUGCAUGCCCUGCAGCAGAUUUGUGAGGAAGAGGAAGAGAACGAAGAUGAGAACGACACACAGCAUGCAGACACACAAGAGCUCCCGCAGACCCCCGCACGUCUGCUUUCUAACGCUCCUGCACUCCCCACGCAUCAGCAACCUCCCCAUGAAGGGCACACUCUCCCACACACACACCAGCAGCCCAGUGGCACAACAACAGAUAAGAGAGGAGAGGAUGUGGUGCAGCACUGUGACACACACACGGCUGAUAACAUGCCUGAAGCUGACAGUACACACACACACAAAGAUGAUGAUUCACUCACACCUGAAACUGGCAGAGAUCUGGCUCCGACACAGCAGCAGGGAGAGGCGGGGCUUCAGCGUGAGGCGCCGGGGGAUCAGAAGGCUCAGACUGGCAGUGGAGGUCCAGAGCUGCUGGAGAGGAACAAUAACACGCCCCUUCCACACAAGCCCCUCCCCUCGCCACGCCCCCCACUCAAGAACCAUUGUGUGGAGGAGGGCCCGGACGCCGUGGAGACGGGCCGCACACCUGUGAGCCCAGAGGCUGAGAGGAUGGAAGAUGACGAGCUUCACGCUGACCGGUCGUCCAAUCGGAAGCCCUGCGAGAGGCGGGAAAGUGGUAAGGAGGUGGGGCCGGAGCUGUGGGCUAAGGGGCGUGGCGUGAGGCUGCGUGAGCGCCUGUUGCAGUUCCCGCUGUGUGAGAAGGCCCUGUCACUCAACAUCAACCCCGCCCCCAAAGAGAAGCUGCUGCCCUUCGCGCAGUACAACUGCUGCCACGUGCUGUGACACCCACACCCUAACUCUCCACAGCCACUCCAGAUCGAUCUGUAUCUGACUCAGAUCUUGCCCUGAUCUGACGCGUAUCUGAGACCCUCUCUCCUUUACCCGCUACAGCUGCUGCCCCCCCCCCAAAAAAAAUAAAGCACCUCACUACUCUGAGCAGAGGCCCCACACUUCCUCAACUAUUGUAGCAGGCUAUUCUGUAUAUAAGCCCUGUACCUCCACUGCUACCCAUACUUACCUGCAGUGUCCUAUCAGUGAGAUGUCCCACUAUGCGCUGCUAUGUACAUAUUACAGCAAUAUAUCUGAGAUGAAAUGACUUGUACAUAGUUGCAUUGUGUAUGUUUUAUUUAAAAACAAGUGCAUAAUCCUGUCUUUAUGGCUGGAAGCAUGACAACGCCCAGCACUUGAAGUAGGCUACAGUAUGAGUGUGAUGAUCCAGUAUGGUGCAUUUGUUUAAGAGUGUGCUGAUAGCCUACUACAAUGCAAGCUCAGAGUACUGCAGUGCGUGAGGAAGUGUGCUAAUGCUGCUAUUAGCUCAGAGUACUGCAGUGCGUGAGGAAGUGUGCUAAUGCUGCUAUUAGCUCAGAGUACGGCAGUGUGUGAGGAAGUGUGCUAAUGCUGCUAUUAGCUCAGAGUACGGCAGUGUGUGAGGAAGUGUGCUAAUGCUGCUAUUAGCUCAGAGUACUGCAGUGCGGGAGGAAGUGUGCUAAUGCAGCUAUUAGCUCAGAGUACUGCAGUGCGGGAGGAAGUGUGCUAAUGCUGCUAUUAGCUCAGAGCAGUGUGGUGAAGAGGUGAGCUAAAGCUUGCGCAGAACAGUGCGUUAAAGAGGAAGUGUUUCAGUGCUAAGGUAACUAGGAGCCGAGCAUAUAGAUGUACCUGACUAUUAGCAGUCUCACUGUGUCCAGACAGUGAGGUAAGCCUCUGAUAAGGUGGGGGUGGGGCUUCACCUCAGUCUUCCAGUGUUCCAUCUGCUACAUUAUUUUUUUUUUCUUACUGAAAUGUAUAUACUUAAAUGUUAACCCGUAUGAGAAGGCUACUAUAGAAGACACAGAGAGUUUCGUCAACAUGUAAGAUGAUUCCUAACUGUAAAAAUGACAAGAUUUGUGAAAUAUGGAGUCUUACAGAAAACAAAUACUGUAAUAAUGUAAAUACUUUAUUAUUACCACGUGUUACUGGUAUUUUUAUACAGUGCUGUAUGCUGUAGCUAUCAUUCACCCAUAUAGAGGACCAGUUAAUACACCCAGCUGUGUAUUGUUAAUAGAGGUGCUGUCCAAUGGGAAAGACUGACGGGUGCUCUGACUUAAGCUCUAGAACAUUGUUGGUUCUAAUGGUUCUGUGGAUUCAGUGUUGGUACUGCCACAUCGAUGGCCACCAGGAUGACAUACUCUUAAUGUGGUGAAUUCUUACCAGAGAAGGAUGAGCUAUUGACCAGGUAUUGGUAUGAGGUAUUGACCAGCAGAUUUCUGUGUGUGUGUUUGAGUGUGUGUGUGUGAGAGAGAGAGGAUUAGUGAGCUAGAGUGUAUACAUGUGUGAGAGAGAAAGAGAGAGGAAGACAGGCCCUAAGUCUGAUGUGUGCUCAUCAGCACUGACUGGCGGCUACAGUGGCAUCACGCAGUUGAGCACUAAUCCGUGUUUAUAUGAACAUUCCCUCACAUGAGUCAUCGGUGUGACUCAACUGAGCGUCGUCCACCAACAACAAGCGGACGAUAAGCUCAAAGGCACCGGCGUUUUCCCUCUUCACAAUGCAACACCACAACAUAAGCCUCCAGUGUUUUCCGGUUAGGGCUCGUGUAAGCUAUCUCUCUGUGUUUAGUUUAGGGUUAGGUUUUAAUGUGAGAUCCCAGUCACCAGUCGGCACUGCUGCCCUCCUCAGAACCCACGAUACACUACUGUAUAUGCUCCGUGGGUGUGUCUUUGUGUGUGUGUGUGUGUGUUCCCCUUUUCCUGUUCGCACUCGCUGAUGUCGUGUCAGACUCCGAGUCCUCUGUCCUGCUGCUGCUCCUUUUGACACCCAUCAAAAGCACACCUCUGUCUCAGAGACCAUUUAUUUUUAUAUUUGCCUAUUAAAACAUGAACAACAACAGA